UUCUGUUACAGUGACAAGUACAAAGAGACGUGAGGCGUCACGUUGCCACUUCUUGUUGGGUCCAUGUUUUAGUCAGUGCUGCCUUUCGCGUGUGUCUCUGGUAGAUUCAGCCCAACAUGAAUCCAGCGCGUCGCUGCUCGGCUCUGUUGAACCAGCUGUGCUCGCGGGGGGCACCGGCAGCCAGAGGACGGUUCCCAGCGGGACCAGCCUCCAACCCGGCGGGACGACGCUGCUCCGGGGUUGGCGGCAGUGAAAUGGGAGUCAAGGGGACCGGUCCCCAGCUGAAGCCGAGCGGAACACCCCCCUCGAGUGCCGCACCAGUUAGUCCAAUGGGGGCCAGCAGCAGCAGCAGGUUGUUUAGUACUCUGACCCAGUCACUGAACAACUCAUCCUUGGCCCAACCAGAGCUGUACCCGGAGGAGAGCCCAGACCAGGACCUGGCCGAGGUAGACCCGGACCAGCUGCUCAGAGAGUGUGAGGAUGCCCUGCAGAGCCGACCAGCCCGGCCACAACGGGAUCUGGUCCAUCCCAGCGGCACAGCGCCCUACCACCACGAGCACAACCCUUCCAUACGGGUCAUGCAGUGGAACAUACUGGCACAAGCUCUUGGUGAGGGGAAGGACGGCUUCAUCCGCUGUCCACUGGAUGCUCUCAACUGGCAGGAAAGGAAGUACCUGAUCCUGGAAGAGAUUCUCACCUACAGACCAGACAUCCUCUGUCUACAGGAAGUGGACCACUACUAUGACACUUUCCAACCAAUCUUGACCAGCCUUGGUUACCACGGAAGCUUCCUGCCAAAACCCUGGUCUCCCUGCCUGGAUGUAGAGCAGAAUAACGGUCCUGAUGGCUGUGCUCUAUUUUAUCGCCACUCACGCUUCUCCCUCCAGUCUGCAGCUCACCUGCGGCUGUCAGCCAUGAUGCUGCCCACCAACCAGGUAGCCAUUGUUCAGACCCUGAGUUGCAGGGUAACGGGUCGGCAGCUGUGUGUGGCUGUAACUCAUCUGAAAGCUCGCAGUGGAUGGGAGAGGCUGCGGAGUGCGCAGGGUGCUGACCUGCUGCAGAGCCUACGCAGCAUAACAUCCCGGGCUGGUAGUCAAAGCGAGUCAGCAUCCACCAUCGUCCCUUUAAUAGUGUGUGGGGACUUUAAUGCAGAGCCCUCAGAGGAUGUUUACAGACGCUUCAGCUCUUCCUCCCUCGGCCUGAACUCUGCGUACAAGCUGCUGAGCUCUGAAGGGCAGACGGAGCCAGCCUAUACCACAUGGAAAAUCCGCCCCUCUGGAGAGAGCUGCAAUACGCUUGACUACAUCUGGUAUACCCAUAAUGCUUUGAGUGUGAACUGCCUGUUGGACAUUCCCACUGAAGAGCAGAUCGGCCCUGACCGCCUCCCCUCCUACCACUAUCCUUCUGACCAUUUAUCACUGCUUUGUGACAUCAGCUUCAGGGAGGAACCCUAUAGGCUUACAUCAUAGCAGCCCUUGACCAAUAGGAGAGGCGAGUGAGAGAAUGCUGAUCCAGAAUGUAUAAUGAGCGCUUAACUUAAAUAACAUGAUCGGUUUCUUAGUAGCUAACGGGUUUGACGACUGGAAGACAACUGCAGUUGUUUGUCUCCAACACGCACAUAAGAAUCUUAACUUAAUUUUUAUUUAAUUAUUAUUUAUACUUUCAUUUGGUUUUACCAUAAUCAACAGAUUGUAGUACAGUGUCUUUAAAUUAUUUACUUUGCACUUAAGUAAUCUGAGGUGGUUCUUCAGUUUUACAAUGGUAAUCAUGACAGUGUUGUUGCUGUGACAACAUCAUGACGACAUGAGCAGAAGUGUUACAUUUUAAAAUAUAAAUAAAGAAAUGUAUUUUACUGUG